AUGGAUAAUGGACCACCACCUGCGGGUACUCCGGCCCGCAAGAUCCCCACGACCAGGGUUCACUUGAUUUCGGGAGCCACUGCUGGUCUCGUGUCUGCUUUUACUUUGCAACCUCUCGACCUCUUGAAAACCAGAUUGCAACAACAGCAGCUGGAGGUGGCGGGCUACCGGACGUCAAUUGGGAAGGAACUCAAAAAGCUCACCAACGUUAAGGAUUUGUGGCGUGGUGUUCUUCCCUCUACUCUCAGAACAUCUGUUGGUGCCGGUCUUUACUUUACCAUGCUUUCGCAGACCAGAACGUACUUGGCCACCUUGAAGAAAAACAGAGGAGAGCUGACACUGAGUAUCUUACCAAAGCUUUCUCAUGCAGAAAACUUGGCCACUGGUUUCUUCGUUCGUGCGGCAGUGGGAGUGAUUACCAUGCCCAUUACGGUGGUGAAAACUCGCUUUGAGUCCAGCAUUUACUCGUACAACUCACUCUAUGAAAGUUUUGACGGUAUCUACCGCGACGGCAGCCCGAACGGCUCUUUCCGCCACUUCUUCAAGGGAACGUUUGCUACCUUGGCUAGAGAUUGUCCCUAUGCUGGGCUCUACGUUCUUUUUUAUGAGGCGUUCAAAAACGACUUAUUUCCAAUUGUUUUUGCACCCUUGCAAAGUGAAGCUUACUUUGCGUCGUUGAACAACUCCACUUCGGCAGUUUUGGCUGCUUCAGUCUCUACCACCAUUACAGCACCUUUUGAUGCCAUCAAGACUAGGUUACAGCUCAAUUCAGCCACUACAAGAGCACCUACAUUAGUGUCUGUGGCACAGAAGUUGUUGCAGGAACCUGGAGGAGUAAAAAAUUUGUUCAGUGGGCUUUCGUUGCGGUUGGGCAGAAAGGGUCUUAGUGCUGGUAUCAGUUGGUGCAUGUACGAAGAGUUGCUCAAGUUCUUGUAA